AUGAGGGAAAUGAGUACAGAUAUGAGAAACUUGAGGGUUUCACCUAUUAAUCAAGCAAUGUUCUCAGUUAGCGGUGAAAGUUCCUCUUUCGUUGUUGAUAUAAAAAACCGGACAUGCACAUGUAGGAUGCUUCAAGUUGAUCAACUACCUUGUCCACAUGCUUUGGCUGUGUUUGCGAGUAUGAAGAUGGAUCCAUAUGAAUACUGCUCCUACUACUACACAAGUGAAGCGUUCAGAAAUACAUAUCAAGAAACCAUUUUUUCGGUAGGAAAUCCAGCUGAAUGGACAGUGCCAAAUGAUGUCCAUGACAUAGUUGUAAUUGCACCUAAUCAAAAGCGAAGUUGUGGAAGGCCUACUGAGAAGAGAUUCAGAGCAGCGUAG